UUGAAAGAAAAAAUAUGGCACAAGAAAUUCCGAAAUAUAAAUGGGGAGUUGGUUCAUAUUUGAUGAUGCUAAUCGUGGUGAUUUGUGUUUUAUUUCUACCAUUGUUUAUGGGUCCGGUUCAACCACCUUCUCCCUUUAUCCUCCUCAUUUUCCCUCUUGUAAUGGCUUCCGUUUGGAUUUAUCUCUCAUAUGCCACCAAAUCUGAUGGAUAG